UACAGGCAGAUCCGAAGACACCUUCUUACCCAGAGUUUUAGCGUGACCUCUAUUGCAGUUGAAAAUACUUGUGAGUGGAGGUUGAGUCCAUUGAUUUUUUUGACGAUGUAACGCAUCUCUGUAAGAAUACGGUGACAAUUUGAAUGAGAAACCCCUUCAUUUUGUGCAUAACCAUCGCAAGAAGGGCAUAUGUGCUCCUCGCCGCUUGAUUUCCGACUCGGGGCGCUUAGUGUUGUCGGGGUAGAGUCCGUUUCACUGCAUCAACAUGGGUGUGAUCGGUGUGCAGCUGGUGGUUACCAUGGUAAUGGCCAGUGUAAUUCAAAAAAUCAUACCUCAUUAUUCCUUCGCAAGAUGGCUUCUCUGCAGUGGCAGUCUGCGGUGGUAUCAGCACCCUACGGAAGAUGAGUUGAGAUGCUUAGCUGGGAAACAAAAAGGACAGAAGAGGAAAGACAGGAAAUACAAUGGUCAUAUAGACAAUAAGCCGCUAACUGUGCCCAAGGACAUAGACUUACAGCUGGAGACGAAAUGCAUCACAGAAGUCGACACAUUAGCAUUGCACUACUUCCCAGAGUUCCAGUGGCUGGUGGAUUUCACAGUAGCAGCAACUGUGGUCUAUCUGAUAACAGAACUCUACUACAGUGUGGCUCAGCCCUCAGGAGAGAUGAACAUCAGUGUGGUCUGGUGCCUGCUGGUACUCACCUUUGUCAUUAAGACCCUUUUCUCUCUAACGGCCCACUACUUCAAGCUUGAGGAAGGAGGCGAGCGCUCACUCUGCAUUACUUUUGGUUUUUUCUUUUUUGUCAAAGCCAUGGCCAUUCUUAUCGUCACUGAAAACUACCUAGAGUUUGGUCUUGAGACUGGUUUUGCAAACUUCUCUGACAGCGCUCUACAGUUUCUGGAGCAGCAGGGCUUGGAGUCCCAGGGUCCCAUAUCUAAACUCACCUUCAAGCUGAUCCUGGCCCUGCUCUGCUCCCUUAUUGGAGCAUUUCUAACUUUCCCUGGUCUACGAUUGGCCCAGAUGCACCUAGAUGCACUCAAUCUGACCACAGCCAAAUUUACACAGACUCUGCUUCAUAUCAACUUCUUGUCCCCUCUUAUCAUGGUCCUGCUGUGGGUAAAGCCCAUUACCAAGGACUACAUAAUGAACCCCACUCUGGGAAAGGAGAGUGUGCCUUUGAUGACUGAGCAGACGUAUGAUACAUUGCGGUUAUGGGCCGUCAUUCUGAUGUGUAUGCUCCGGCUCGCUAUGAUGAGACAUCAUUUGCAGGCCUACCUCAACCUGGCCCAGAAGGGUGUGGACCAGAUGAAGAAGGAGGCAGGCCGGAUAAGUACCGUUGAACUGCAGAAGAUGGUUGCACGUGUUUUUUACUACUUGUGUGUAAUCGCACUACAGUAUGUGGCACCGCUGGUGAUGCUUCUGCAUACAACUUUGCUGCUAAAAACCUUAGGUGGACACUCCUGGUGGGUCUAUCCUGAAGAAGACCUGCCUUGCACCCACGAAAUGAACUCUGACUCUGUGAUGGGGGCGGCACCAGUAGCAGCCCCAACACCAGCUUCAGUGGUAGAAACAGGAGCCCGGGUGUCAGUAGCCCAGUUGUCAGUGGCCCUGGGAGGCCUGCGGACUGUCUUCAGCCCCCUGCUUUUCCGGGGCCUCUUCUCCUUCUUUACUUGGUGGAUUGCUGCCUGCCUCUUCUCCACCUCCCUCUUUGGCCUCUUCUACCAUCAGUAUCUCAUGGCGGCAUAGCAUCAGCAACCCAGCAGUGGCAGCCAGACCUCCCACAGGGCUACUGUAUUUUCAGCCUGAUCAGAAAGGACUGAUCGGGUGCAACAGAGGCCUAUCAAUGACUCUGCUCCAAAACUCCUCCCUUUGACCACCUCUCAAUGACUGAUCAUAUCAUCAGAGCUCCUGGUUCAACUUCCAGUGCUUCCUUCACCGAUGACUUUGUGAACUCAUAAUUGUUUUUACUACUAAGACCACUACCUUUUAUUUGGAGAGUAAGAUUUAUAAACCUUAAUAACGGACAGGCUAAAGAAUGAGUUAGAGGAUUAUCAAUCCGUGUCAGUGGUGUAUUGGUAUAAUAAUGAGAAAUUGAUUGAGUUUGCAGUGUGAAAUUUGAAUGAUAUGAGGUAAAAUACUGUAUAUCAAAUGCUGAUUACAAUUAAUUUCCAUGUUGAAACGUGGUGUGGCAGUUCUGCUCAUUUCCACCAUUUUUAAAAGAGCCAGUGGGGAGAGUUUAAUUAAUGUUAAUACUCGUUCACAACAGAUCUCAUGUAAGGAGUUUGAUCCAUUAACAUAUUUAGAUCCAAGAUGUCUUAAACUCUAGAGAACCCUCAUUUCAGCCUCUUACAAUUUGAUGCAUGUCAGUAGGAGUCAGAUUUCAGACCGUUGUCCUUCAAUUUAAAUUCCCUCUCACUAAGGCCCCUGUAAACUGUAAACUGCAAUGAAUUAUAUCACAGACCUAUCUGCAUGGCUGGACACAUGCUGUGAGGCUUAAGUUUUAUUAGUUGGUACUGACAUUAACAGUCAUGCAACCAUCUAUAUUCCAGUCUGUAUCACAGUCCAUCAGGGCUAAUUUCCCUCACUGAAACAUUGUAAGGAAGCUACUUUUAGGUCACAGAAUAUCAUUGAAUCUGGAGAUGUUCAUGGAGGCUAGUGUGUGACUUCAUAUUAGCCUAAAAUCACCUUAUUUUUUCCUUCUGUUUUCCAAAGUAUUGGGCGGAAACCGAUAACUGCCAUUCUUGGGGCCCAUGUUUGUCUGUUGAUUAAAACUUUAAAAUAUGUGUGUUAAAACAAAAUAGCCUUUUUUUUCUCAAAUGUAUAAAAUCGAUUGCCACGGACCACAAAGGAGUCUGAAAGACUCUUCAGAUUUUUCCAGUGCAUUUCUGUUUAUAGGAGGGGGAGGGAGGGGCAGCCAGUGGGAAUUCCUGGAAUAGGUGGGUAGGAUGAGCUGUCAGCUAACCAGGGUUUGAGAGUGGACAACUGAAGAAGAGUUGCAUUUGCGGAGGAGCAAGAGGAGAUGUUAAACUCAUGGGGGGACAUCUCACUGACUUGAAUCUGAUGUAUUUAAAUGUUUCUAAUUGAGCUUGACAUCAAGGACAAACUUAGAUUUUUAAAUGAAAGACGUUCCAAUAGAUUUCCGAUGUUUCAUUUGCAAUGUAACCUCCCUGGUUUUAACUGAGCCAUUUUAGAAACUAUUAGAGAAUCUGAAGCUUGUGAUGAUUCAAAGGGAGGACAGCAUGUAAGGCUCAGUCAAGGUACAUGCUUGUGUCCAUUUGUCUGUCUGCAUGUAUAGGAUCUCUGCUGUAGGACAGCUGUAAUCUGUAAGGGCAUUGCGAUCAAGAAGAGAUGAUCACGGCUACUGUUGAUAAGCUACCGCCUUUAUGUUAUUUCCUCUUUUUUUUAAUGUUUUCCCAUCCAUUGCUCUUAAAGUCAUUUGAGAACAAGCAUUUGUUUUUAUGUUUUUCUAAUGGAUCAAAUUGUUGAUUUGUAAAGGUUUUGAUUUUAAAAUGGUGCCAAGUAAGUCAGUUCCCCAUGUCCCGGUGGCUGUAGAUUUGGUGUCUGCUAGUGUUUGAAACUACAGGCGGGCUACAACUCUGCUGACUUCUGUUUUCUGUAGAUCCAUCUUGACAAAGAGGGAAUCACUAGUUCUGGUUCACAGCAGAACGCAACGGUAGUUACAGUGUCAAUGAAUACUGUAAUUCUUUGGUGGGUAAAUUUGCGCACAAGCAGUCACUGUGCUGAUGACACACUGGGCCAACAUGAUUGUCCAGUCUAUUCAAGAAUGUACAUGCUGCCAGAUUAAUUACGUUCUUGUGGCUCUCUGGCAUUUCAUUUCAUUAUUACAUUUAUAAUAUCAUAGAGCUGUAAUUUAUAAAUUCCAGCUCUAUGAGUUUUGUACAGAAACACAUUUUACAAAGUCAAGCAGCACCAUAUCAUAUUUUUAAGCUCCGGAUGUCGAAAGUCUUAGCUUCAGUUUGUGUCUGUUUUGAAUGAUAGGGAAUAUGCACAUAAUGAAUGUAUCAAUCCUGCCUAAUUUCUAGAUUCUUUUUCAUGAAAAUGAUUUGUAUGGUGAGUUGAUUUAACACCCCACCCCCACCCCCCUGCACUUCCUGAACUCUACUUCUCUACUACCAUCUGUUAAAUCUACCUGUCAAACAAAAUCUAAUUUGUCCUAAUGUCUGUUUUUAUUGAUUGAUGAUUUUUCUUUGUUUUUUUAUUUAUUACACAUGUUGAGGCCUGUAAACACUUCUAAUUUUAACAAUAUACACAAUAUUUUGUUACUGGAGUGCAUGUUGGCUUAAAUCAAUUUUGAAAAUGUGUUUGACAAAUCAGUUACGGAUUAACCUUCUUUUUUUUUUUUUUUUUUUUGUAUGUGUAAUGGUCUGGUCCGGUCAGGUAAGAAGUAGCAGGGAUACUUUCAGAAUUCAUUGGCCUGAUGAGGCAUUUCUUCAGUUUGUUACCACUGAAAGUGUUUAUUAUUCAUUGUUGGGUUCACGAAGUAAAUUACACAGAU